UUUAUAUAAAAAUAGAUAUUGAAGUGAUUUAGUAAGCGGAUUUUCGAUUUUCCAAUCAUGGCCGAAACGUACGAGGAGUACGAGGAGACGCACCAUGUCACCAGAAAGUCCGUGACCACCUUCAAAAUCGAGGAAACGUCGUCGUCAACCACCACCAAAACCAUCACGACACCGGCCAAACUGUACGGCAAGGAUGUCGGCGCGUAUGACGAUAUCGAUGUGGACGAGCUGCUCGCCCAGCUUUCGCCGGAAGAGAUUACCAUGCUCGCGAAGGAGGUUGAUCCGGACGAUUCGUUUUUGCCACCGAGCCAGCGUACCAACUACGAGUGUGAUAAGGCUCCAACCGGGCCGCUCGAUCGGAAGAAGCUGAUCGAUCAUAUUAAUAAGCAAGCGCUGGAAACACCGGACCGUCCGGAGCUGGAACCAUUCGUGCCAGGUGUCGUUCGUGGCAAAAAGUGGAUACCACCACCACCGCCGGCAAAGCUUCAGGCAGCCGACGAGCAGAUCGCCAUCGAUCUCGGCGACGAGUACGAACAGGCACUGACCGAUGCGACGCAGGAAGAAAUCAUCGAUCUGGCUGCCAUCCUUGGUUUCCACUCGAUGAUGAACCAGGACCAGUAUCAUGCCUCACUGCUUAACAAAGGCCAGCCGGUUGGGCUCGGCUGGGAUGGCAUUACCAAGUCUGCCAUACCGAAGAUUUUCCCGGCCGAAGCACCGAACACGACCGAUCCGGAGGAAACGAUCCAGCGCAUCAAGAGCGACGACAGCAAGCUGGUGGAGGUGAAUCUAAACAACAUUAAGACCAUCUCCGACGAGCAGUUCGACAAGCUGUUUGAAGCGCUCAAGUCCAACACACAUCUAGAGGUGCUGUCGCUCACGAACGUUGGCCUGACGGAUCGUACCGCACUGAUGUUGGCCACCGCCAUCGAACAAAACCACGCCCUACGGGUGCUGAACGUCGAGACGAAUUUUAUCAGCCCGCCGGUCAUCGUGACGCUGGUCAAGAGCCUUCUUACCCAGAUGACGAUCGAGGAGUUCCGUGCCUCGAAUCAGCGAUCGCAAGUGUUCGGUAACAAGAUCGAGAUGGAGAUCACGGAGCUGGUCGAGAAGAAUACCACCCUGCUGCGGCUGGGUUUGCAUUUGGAGUUCAAUGACGCCCGGCAUCGGGUGGCCGCCCAUUUGCAGCGUAACAUUGACAGAAUUCGAGUCGAUAAGCGGGACGGACGCUCGUCCCGCGGCAGUUACUAUCGGCCGGUUCGCAUCGAAGAGGAACAGGAGCUGGCCGAAAUGUCCGACGUGGAGGAGGAACCGGAAGAGGAACCGGAGGUCGAGGUGCCACCGGCGGACUACGACGUCGAGGAGGAUCCCGACAAUGUGGUGAUCCGUCCGCCACCGUCCGACGACGAAGAUAUUAAGAAAAAAUCUCUCACAGCGGCUGCAGUUUAGAUUUUUUCAAAACAUGCAUAGGAAACAAACGACCAUGAUACAGUGAGAGGAAGAGAGACGACCCAUCCGCGCGGGGUUUUCACACGUUGUCCCGGCGAUGCGAUCAUCUCGCGCUCGUCUACCGAACCUCUACUUCCCCACUGCAACACUCUUCACGACCUGUUACUACUAUUACUACUACUACCAUCACCACCACAACCACCACCACUACUACUACUACUACUAUUCUACCUACUACUAUUACUCAGCACAACUACAGCAACAUGUAAAGCAAAAAAACGAAACUAUCGGCG